AAUUACGUCGAACAGAUCAACUUGAUUGAUCAAGAAGCUAUUGCCUCAGAGAUUGAAAAGCAAAUCUGUGAUGUUUGUCAUCAAGUGGUAACAAAAUCCAUACUGUACGAAAAGAAUGCCGCCUUUUGUUCGGAGGAGUGUUGGCAACGUGUACUGCAUACAGCGUUGGACGAUUUCACUGUGGGUGGGAUGAGCGCAUGGCCGUUGGACACAUUCACCUCCCUCAAGGCAAAAAAAUUUCUAGUCGAUCUAGCGUCAAAGUCAUACGAUGGAAACAUGAUUGUCAAGAUGGAAAGUUUUAUCCAAUUAACCCAGCAGUUAGGUACAAGUGAUUUGACCAAUGUGGAACAUCUGGUUCAUCGGUUACGUAUUUUCGCCAUGACCGAACUAGUGAACGAUCCGACAUUGGCCCGACUACACGAGGCGUGCACUCAACUUGCUGACCUGUUGGACUUUCAAUUCCUCUAUGUAAGUCCCAGUCCCCAUGCACCUAAUUUGACUAUUGUACUUCAGCACGAUGCAUGGCGUUCAUUCUGUAUGAGCGAUCCAAAUUCGGACAAGUUGUCCUCGAUGCUCACUUUAUCACUGGCCGAAACUAUUCGAGUGUGCUGUGAUAUGGAUAAGACAGUGGGCCUUGGCAGUCGAGUACAUCAGCUCCGAACACAACACAAGGUUUUGGACGAACAAUUUCGUUGGUUAAUCACUGAACCGCUUCUUCAUGGUGGAAACUGGGCAGAACUGGAAGGGUUGUUGUUGGAAAAGAAAUGGCUUAAACGUCGUGUGGAAACAACUCUGCCAAACGAUCGUCUUGUGAUGUACCUUCACUCUUUGCAUGCCCCAGAAGAUGUAUUGUCUGGCUACCUGGAACUUUCAAACGACACGGACGAACUGUUGGAAAUUGCUACCAGACUUCGUAUGUACAAAGUUGCCGUCAGUUGUUGUGCCAAACGGCGAGAUAUGGCCGGUAUGAAAGAGCUGCUAUCUCGUAUACCAAAGAAGGAACCGGAAUACGCUAAAGUCCUCUAUUACCUAUCCCUAGCUGUGAGUGAUAUUCGUGGAUAUCUCACUGCGUUCGCUUAUUAUUCCCGUUCGAAACUAUACUUCUCUCCCACAUGCAUGUUGCACGGAACACAGAUGAGUUUUUAUUUCACUCUUUCCGCGAAGUGA